GUGCUGUCUCUCUCCUACCUGUUUGUGAGUUGUCUCUUAUAAGCCCCUAUCUGUGUGCUGUCUCUUUCCUGUCUGUUGUCUCCCAUUAGCUCCAAUGUGUGUGGUGUCUGUUUUUAGCCCCAUCUGCGUGCUGUCUCUCUACUGCCUUUCUCUGUGUUGUCUCUCAUUAGCGCCUGUGUGCUGUCUCUCUCCAGCCUGCCUGUCUGUAUGUUGUCUCUCAUUAGCCCCUAUCUGUUUGCUGUCUCUCUCCAGCGUGCCUGCCUGUCUGCGUGCUGUCUCACUAGCAGUCAGUCCCUCCUCCUGCCCAUUUCCAUAACCCAGGCAGGGCUGGCCCAGUGCUGUGAGAAGGAGGAGAGCUCAGGUCUGGCUUUAUUUCUCUCUCUCCUGCCGAGCAGCCGGAUCAAGGAUUCUUUUGGAUUAAACCAGAACAAGAGGACGCAUUGGGCUUCAUCUCUAAGGGAACCUACACCUCCGGAUAUACAUUUCUCAACAUUCUAUUUUGUAUCCAUUGAUAUUAAGAUCGUUCUAUUUUUUUCUGCAACGACUUGCAGACCAACAGCUUCAUUUUACAUACAGUAUUUUUCUUUAUUUUUUUUCCCUUUGGAUUUGCAGUGGGAACAAUCGUUUGUAUUUUUUUUUCUAUACUAAGGAUCCAUUUACAAGCAGCACCCCCUUUUCCUCCUUGUUACAUUGCACCCUUGUCCCCUUACUCAGAUCCCCUCUGGUGCUUUUAAGUCCCCCUGUUCUCCCCAUCCCAUGAUCCAGCUGUGACAGGGCAGCCCUUGGCAUGUGCUGGGGCACUUGUGGGGGACCAUUGCCUGGGCAUUUAUGGUGUACCCCUGCCUGACCCCCCAGGAUCGCAGCCCCCCCGGAGCCGGAUAUUUCGGUGCAUUUUGGAGGAUCUCCUAGUCCUGAGACUGGCGUAUGUUCCAGAUCGCUUUGGCUUGUCGGAUCCCCGGUCUCCUCCGACCCUCCCGGGCUGCUGCUGCCGCUGGUCCCUGCCCGGCCUCGGAUCCAGGAUCCUUCAUGACUUGCGGGCGUCAUGCACGUUUCUUAGCCGGGAAGCCUUGCUCUCGUCCCGCAUGUUCAGGACCAAACGAUCGUUGCUCGUCCGGAGACUCUGGAGGAGCCGAGCUCCCGGGGAGUUGGGGGAAGGGGAAGCGGAGGGCAGGGUGCAUGGAGCCGGCGGCUGCUGCCCGGGCAGGUCGGCCAAGGUGUCCCGGGCGCCGCUGGGGUCGGAGGCCGAACUGAAGGCGCUCACCCACUCCGUGCUCAAGCGGCUGAAGGAGCGCCAGCUGGAGGGGCUGCUGCAGGCGGUGGAGUCCAAGGGGGGAGCCCGCAGCCCCUGCCUCCUGCUGCCCUCCACCAAGCUGGACCCCCGGUUGGCCCAGCAGCCCUUCCCCCUGCCCCUGCUGCUCUGCAAGGUGUUCCGCUGGCCGGACCUCAGGCACUGCUCCCAGGCCAAGAGGCUGAGCUGCUGCGAGUCCUAUGGGAAGAACAACCCGGAGCUGGUCUGCUGCAACCCGCACCACCUGAGCAGACUCUGCGAGCUCGAAUCACCCCCACCUCCUUAUACAAGAUAUCCAAUGGAGUUUCUCAAAGCAACUGCAGACCCGCCAGACUCUGCACCUUCCUCCACUGAAACAGGGGAAACAAAUUACUUGGCCCCUGGGGGGCUAUCAGAUUCACAACUUCUUCAGGAGUCUGGAGACCCAUCACACUGGUGCGUGGUGGCAUAUUGGGAAGAAAAAACAAGGGUGGGUCGAUUAUACUCUGUCCAAGAGCCCUCCCUGGACAUCUUCUAUGAUCUACCUCAGGGGAACGGCUUCUGCCUUGGACAACUAAAUUCGGACAAUAAAAGUCAGCUGGUGCAGAAGGUCCGCAGUAAAAUUGGAUAUGGGAUCCAGCUGACCAAGGAAGUGGAUGGUGUCUGGAUUUAUAAUCGCAGCAGUUAUCCAAUCUUCAUCAAGUCGGCCACACUGGACAACCCAGACUCUAGGACGUUAUUGGUCCAUAAAGUGUUUCCAGGAUUCUCCAUCAAAGCAUUUGACUAUGAGAAAGCUUACAGCUUGCAGAGGCCUAAUGACCAUGAGUUCAUGCAACAGCCGUGGACUGGGUUUACUGUACAGAUAAGCUUUGUGAAAGGCUGGGGUCAGUGCUAUACAAGACAAUUUAUCAGCAGCUGCCCAUGCUGGUUGGAAGUGAUAUUUAAUAACCGAUGACUCGGAGACAAACUUCUGGACGUUUGACUACUUUGCUGCUAAUAUUUCCUUCUGAGUGCUUGCUUCUUCAUGCAAACUUUUUUUGUUUUUACAUUUUAUUUGUUUGUUUUGAGAAAUAGCUUAUGUCAAGAAUUACCUUUUUUGGGGGGCAAGGGAGGGUUUUUAAAAAAAAUUGUAUUUUUAUUGCUCUUCUUAAAGGUAUGAAUGACCUCUCUGAGACCAAGCUGGUGGGAGAAGCAGAACCUCGGAAAUUGAAGACAUUGUUGGCUGUUGUGAUAGACCUUACAUUUUGUAUUGAGUGAUGUCUUUCCAGAGUACUGAAGUGACUGUUUGAAGGGGAUAGAAAACACAGAGCAAUAUCAAAAUUUUAACUUUAUCUAAGAGUGACCACUGUUAUCACCGGUUUCCUUAUAUUUUGGACACAAUUUUAAGCCACAUUAACGUUUUCCUAAAUCCAUUUGUUGGUUACAGAUUACAGAGACCAUGACGGCUUUUGCCGUUUAAAAUGUGGUUAGAUUUUGGUCCAAUAGACAAAGCUGUUUUGCAGAACGUACCAUAUCAUCCUGAUUUUAGUUCUUGACGUUGCCCACUAGGCCAGCAGUGGUCAGUGAAAAGCUCAUCAGAUUUUGUUGAAAAAUAAUUCUCGUUAUCUCUGCAGAAAAACGGUGGACUUUGCAAUUCCUACGUGAGUCCUUAUUUUAUCGCUGUUUUACUUUAGGGUGGCAGAGUGCGAUGAGGGUUCUAUUUCAGCAGCUGUAAAGCAUUUGAUUGACUACUUCUGACCUGGCUAAUAUGCUCACGCAUGACUGGUAACUUUGCAUUACAAGUUGCUUUCUUUGAUGUACAGGCACAAACCCCACAUCUGGUAGAGAGUGUCAUGUUUGAGGUGUAGGACAAAAUAUGUGUAUAUAUAUAUAUUUGGAGUCUUGGUUUGCAGUGAUCUGUCCUUUUUAUUGUUACAAAGACCAAACUUAAAAAGCUGCCAACUUCUUCUGCAAGACACUGCCCUCCAGUCCACGUCCCCUAACACGCAGAGUGUCACAAACCAUGCAGACAUUUUUAUUUUUUUGGUGGCAGUUCUUCUGGUUUGUUGUUUUAAAUAAAUCAAUGCAGAACGCUGCCUGAUAACAUAUAUUUGCAGGUUGAAAAAUUAUAUAUAUAUAUUUUUUAUUUCCUCUCAAUUUAUGAGACCUUUUGGGGCCUUGAUGUACAACGAAAGGGUUGGUGGGAAAAUGAUGAGUGGUGUAAUUUGUGUAGGUUGCCAUUUGUGUGUAUGCCGUGCAGGAUUCUAAUUUAACGUAGAUCUACUUCUCAUCUUCACAUAUGCCAGUACGUUGGGAAAAAAUUAAGAAUGCUGUUAAAUUGAGAAGAAUAUGUCAGCAGGACCAUCUUGUAAACAGAUGAGGAAUUACAACUGACAUGUAGAAAUGCUCUGAAAACCCAAGAUUAGUAGUAGUACUUCUUAGUGCACGGCCUACAAACACAUGGCAAUUUACUAAAUUGUGAAAAGAUGGAGAGAUUCAUCUCAAGUGGACAUUUUCAAAUCAUUCUUUUGAGUGUUAAUACCAUAUCAUAGCAAUUGAGGUUCUGAAGUAGUAGUGUUUAAAUGCAGUGAAAUCUUCCCCACCUUUCCACUUUUUGGUAUGCAUUCUCCCACCCCCCAGGGUUGACACAUUACCAUUUUAAUCUGGGAUCUUUAUUUAUUAUUAUUAUUUUUUUUA